AUGGGUCUGCCGGAGCUCCUACUGAUCGCUGUGCUCUCUGCCGGAGGCGCCUCAGCGCGUCUUAAUUCUCGUCAGCUGAGUAGUGAUGAUCCGCCCACUCGAAUAGUUGGUGGUGCGGAUGUUCCGCCGGGCGAGUACGUGCCCUACCAGGUGUCCAUGCAGUACAGGACCAGUGGCGGCCAGAUGCACUUUUGCGGUGGGUCUAUAAUAUCUCCCACUCGAAUCCUGACGGCUGCCCACUGCUGUCGCGGCCUGAACGUGUCCCGGAUGACAGUUGUGGCCGGCAUACGCAGCCUGCAGGAGAGUGGCUCACGCUCUCGGGUUGUGUCCUACACCAUUCAUCCCAAGUAUCAGGAGCUGGUCACCAGCGAUGUCGCCGUGCUGUUUAUCGAGCCGCCGCUGGAGAUGAACAACGUCAGCAUCAGAGCCAUAGAGUUUGCGGCAAAGCAAAAGGAGUUUGUCGGCGGUGGAGUUCCCGUAACCCUUACAGGCUGGGGUCUGCGUCUGCCAGUGCCUUUUCCCUUCCUGGACAACGUCAACUAUCCGAACACACUCCAGCGCAUGAGCUACCACACGAUAGGGAACAAGCAGUGCCGAGACGCGGGCAUGGAAAGUGUCACGAAUACGGAGAUCUGCGCCCGGGGUCCCUUCAGAGGCGCCUGCUCGGGCGACUCUGGUGGACCGCUGGUCAUGCAAACGGAGAAUGGUCUCAGGCAGGUGGGCAUCGUGUCCUAUGGCCUGAUGGUCUGCGGCCUCUACAUCUCGCCGGAUGUCUACACCCGCGUGUCGACCUUCAGUGACUGGAUACAGAGCCACAUGGAGUCGUAG